AUGGCACCCUCACCACACAUCGUCAUCAUCGGCGCUGGUAUUGUCGGCGCGAACCUCGCCGACGAGCUGGUCUCCCGAGGAUGGACCAACAUCACCGUCGUCGAGCAGGGCCCGCUGCAGAUGCCUGGUGGCUCGACGUCGCAUGCGCCAGGUCUAGUCUUUCAAACCAACCCGUCCAAGACGAUGACCCGUUUUGCACAGUACACGGUUGAGAAGUUGCUGUCUCUAGAGAAAGACGGGCAGAACUGCUUCAAUCAGGUCGGCGGGCUGGAGAUCGCCACCACACCAGAGAGACUUGAGGAGCUGAAACGGAAGCAUGGAUAUGCGUUUGCGUGGGGAAUAGAGGCGCGGCUCGUUACUCCAGCCGAAUGCUUAAAGAUGUAUCCUCUUCUGAACAAGGACAUUGUGCUCGGCGGACUGCAUAUCCCUAGCGACGGGCUGGCACUCGCAGCACGGGCCACACAACUGCUCAUCGGACGCACACGACAAGCAGGAGUGCGCUACCAAGAGAUGACUCCCGUCACAGGCAUCCAACAGACAGGGACCCGCGUCACCGGCGUGAUAACCUCCGCCGGAGUGAUCACCGCGGAUAUCGUUGUCUCCUGCGCAGGAUUCUGGGGCGUCGAGAUAGGCGCCAUGGCCGGCGUGCCCAUUCCCCUCCUCCCCCUAGCGCACCAAUACGCCAAAACCACCCCAGUCCCGGCCCUGGCAGGCCGCGAGAUCAACAACCGCCCCAACGGCCUGAACGCCACAUUCCCCAUCCUCCGCCACCAGGACCACGACCUCUACUACCGCGAGCACGGCGACGCCUACGGCAUCGGCUACUACGGCCACCGGCCCAUGCCCAUCGAGGCGGCCUCGCUAGGCGAUACCCCCAGACACGUCGACGAGAAAACCAUGCCGUCCCGGCUGGACUUUACCGCUGAGGACUUCGCACCCGCCUGGUCCGAAACACAGCGAAUCCUCCCCGCGCUGCGGACAUGCCAACUCGCCGACGGCUUCAACGGCAUCUUCUCAUUCACGCCCGACGGCGGACCGCUGAUCGGCCCCGCCCCAACUCUCGACAACUUCUAUGUCGCCGAAGCAGUCUGGGUAACGCACUCGGCUGGGGUGGCACGCGCGCUAGCCGAGCUGCUGGUUGAGGGCUCAUCUCGCAUCGAUCUCUCCGAGUGCGAGCUCUCCCGCUUCGAGGACGUGCAACUCAGCCGUGAAUACGUGGCUGAAACUUCCUCUAGGAAUUUCGUCGAGAUCUACGAUAUCCUGCAUCCGCUGCAGCCGCGUGAGUCGCCGCGGCAGUUGCGGGUGAGUCCGUUCUAUGCGCGCGAGAAGGAGCUCGGCGCGUUCUUCCUUGAGCUGGGUGGGUGGGAGAGGCCGUUUUGGUAUGCUGCUAAUGAGAAAUUGGUGAGGUUUCUUCCACCUGAGUGGCGGCCUGUGGAGAGGGAUGUCUGGUCGGGGAGGUAUCAUUCACCUGUUGUGGCUGUUGAGGCGUGGAAGACGCGGAAUGCGGUCGCGAUGUAUGAUAUGACAUCUUUUCAUCGGUUUGAGGUCUCUGGGCCUGGGGGGAGGGAGAUGCUGUGCAGGUUGAUGACGAGCGGUGUACCGGAUGUGGGACAGAUUGUUUAUACCCUGCUUUUAAACGAGCGGGGUGGCAUCCGCAGCGAUAUCUUUGUGACGAGACUAGACGAGGACCUGUUCCAGGUUGGCGCAAACAGCGCGGCUGACUUUGCAUAUCUGUCCCGCGAAGCUCGGCGGCAGUGUCAGAAGUCUCCAUCGCAAUGGGUCCAGGUGCGCGAGGUGACGGGGCAUACCUGCUGUCUUGGUCUUUGGGGCCCUCGCGCCCACGAUGUCAUGCGCACGUUAACGACCGACGACCUUUCCAACAGUGGUCUGCCAUAUAUGCACGCUAAGCGAAUUACACUCGCCGGUCUCCCUGUCAUGGUCCUCCGCAAGUCCUACGUCGGCGAGAACGGGUGGGAAAUCCAGACGAGCGCCGAGUACGGACUUCGCCUGUGGGAUGCCAUAUGGGCUGCGGGCCAACCGCACGGUCUUAUUGCCGCGGGACGAGCGGCACUCAACGCUUUACGGCUGGAGAAGGGGUACAGGACCUGGGGGGUAGACAUGAACAGCGAGCAUGACCCCUUCGAAGCGGGGGUGGUUUCCGCGAUGCAGGUGGAUAAACAAGAUGACUACGUUGGUAAGGCUGCUAUUCAACGCCUUGCAAGGAGACAACCAGCCCGUCGUCUGCGGUGUUUGACUAUCGAUGAUGGACGGUCGAUGGUGAUGGGUAAGGAGCCUGUGUUUUGGAAGGACAAGGCUGUGGGAUAUGUUACCACUGCUGCGUUUGGGUAUACUAUUCGCAAACCCGUUGCGUAUGCCUGGCUUCCUGCGUCGAUACAAGAGGGCGAAAGGGUGGAGGUGGAAUAUUUCGGGAGGAGGAUAAGGGCUACGGUUACGAAGGAGCCGGUUUAUGAUCCUAACGACCGGGCGCUUCUGGCAGGGGAAACAGCGGCUGACACUGCGCUGGAGCCUGUGAGGCAUCGUCUAUAG